AUGGCUCCCUUCGAGAGUCUCGCGGCCUGGCUGGCAUUUGCUGCCAGCACCUCUGCGACCGCGACCUUCCCUUCCAAGCCCGCCGACUUGGCGACGCCAGUCCAGCAGCGCAUUGCCAUUGACGGCCCGGGCACCACCAAAUACUACUAUAAGAUUGUUGGCGGCCAGUCCGUUGUCGAACAGUUCCUCAGCCCACGCGCCGCCGGCGAUGAGACGCCAUUCAGCAUGAAUGCCAUUAUCGAUCUCGGAGCGUACGGCCAAGACGGGUACACAAUCAGCAAAAAUCAUGGUAAACGCGAUAACAUCCCCGACAUCCCCAUGUCCAUGAACCACACCACCAUUGGUCGACUCCUUACCACCAUCGACGACUAUGAGCUCAUUAUCCAUCCUGGUGACCUCGGCUAUGCGGAUACCUGGUCCAAGAACCCAGCCAACAAGAAAGACGGCGAGAAUGCCUUUGCGGCUAUUCUUGAGAGAUUCUAUCUACAGCUGGCCCCCAUCUCGCAGCGCAAGCCCUACAUGGUCAGCCCCGGCAACCACGAAGCUGCCUGCGGACUCGGACAUCACAAGAGCGAGUUCUGCCCCGAGGGACAGAAGAACUUUACAGACUUUAGGGUACGCUUUGGCGACAAUAUGCCGACGGCCUUUGAGUCCAAGUCGGACGAUCAUUAUGCCAAAAUCAACGCCAACAAGGCCCAGAAGCUCGCCAAGCCUCCUUUCUGGUUCUCGUUCGACUACGGCAUGGCACACGUUGUCAUGAUUGACACCGAAACGGACUUUAAAAACGCUCCGGACGAGGUUGGAGGCAGUGAGGGUUACGACAGCGGCCCCUUUGGCGCCCCCAAUCAGCAGCUCGAGUUCCUCGAGGCCGACCUCGCCUCCGUCGACCGCGCCGUCACGCCGUGGCUCGUCGUCGCCGGCCACCGCCCCUGGUACGUAGCCAGCGGGCCCGGGUGCGUCUCCUGCCGGGCCGCCUUCGAGGGUCUCUUCUACAAGUACGGCGUCGACGUCGGCGUCUUUGGCCACGUCCACAACUCGCAGCGCUACUGGCCGACCUACGACGGCGUCGCCGACCCCGCCGGCCUCGACGACCCGGAGGCGCCCAUGUACGUCAUCUCCGGCGGCACGGGCAACAUAGAGGGCCUGGAGGAGUUUGGGGCGAUUCCGGACAUCAACGCCUUCGCGUACAACGACGACUUUGCGUAUGCGACGCUGCGCUUUGAGGACGCUCAGCACCUGCGCGUGGAUUUUAUUCGCUCGGCGACGGGGGAGGUUUUGGAUACUUCGGUUUUGUUCAAGUCUCACACGACGCGAUUUGUGAGACAAGGCGUCGAUGGUCAUAUAGAAAUAUGA